AUGGCAAGCAAUUUAGCCAUUGACGUUGCAGAGGAAGUGCCGUCAUUCCAUGUCCCCGUCUUCAGCUAUGAAACCCUCACCACUGGAAACACGCCCUAUGAAGUACUCGACGCGCUCAAGAAAGACGGAAUCAUUAGUUUUAGCAACGUGCCGUCCUACUCCCAGAUACGCGACUCCUAUCAUAACAUGGCCGCUGCAUGUGCCGUUUCGGCUCAAGACGCCAACCCCAAUUUCCUCCACCACAAGACACUCACGGAUGGUGCAAAGCGCUACGUCAUCAGCGCAACAUCGGGUCAGGAUGCCAACGCUGCUGCCAUUACCACAGAUACGACAUGCCCGGGUUACAAGGAUAUUUACACCCAGUUCUCAUCGCUGCUUGAGAUGGUGGUGCUUAGCGUGGGUACGACGCUCGAUGCCACUGACUUUACUAUGAAGGAUAGCUACGGUCAAACUGUCUCGAGUCAUCAACUCAUGACGGAUGCUGUCCGUCUCGACCACUUUCACGCCUACGAGACGCCUUCGUCAAAGGAGCGCACGUCCGUCAGCGCGUCCUCACGUACCAAAUACGAGCGCCUCGACCGCUAA